AGAACUGAUAUUGAUAAAAGUUUGCGCAGUCAGCUCGCUCAACAAUGCAUGAUAAUCAUUAAUCAAGAAAACCGAGAAAUGGAAGGACUGACAACUCUUGUGCGACCACAACAUAAAUUCAAUGUUGGAAGUCUUCAAAGAUAUCUGGCUUUCGAGUCAAAAGUGUCAAAUAGUGACAGUUUUACUGUCAGGCAGUACAGUGCUGGUCAGUCAAACCCAACAUUCCUAAUCGAGACACCUACAAAAAGCUUUGUCCUCAGGAAGAGACCUCCAGGUGAGCUGCUGCCUGGUGCUCACAAGGUGGACAGGGAGUAUCGGGUGCAGAAAGCUCUCUUCUCUGCUGGUUUCCCUGUGCCUCAACCCCUCCUGCACUGCACCAAUGUUGAAGUUAUUGGAACCGAAUUCUACUUAAUGGAACAUGUGACGGGACGUAUAUUCAGGGAUCCCCGUCUCCCUGGAGUGAGUCCAGCAGAGAGAACUGCUUUGUACGUUGCUGCAGUGGAAGUGUUGGCGAAGUUGCAUUCACUGGACCUGACCUCACUGAGCCUUGAUGGGUUCGGUAGAGGGCCAGGUUACUGCAAGAGACAAGUGUCCACCUGGACAAAGCAGUACAUUGCAACAGCCCACAGAGACAUUCCAGGGAUGAAUGAACUCUCAGAUUGGUUGAUGAACAAUUUACCAGAGAACGAUGAUGAAGUGACGCUCGUCCAUGGAGAUUUCCGAUUGGAUAAUUUGAUAUUUCACCCAACUGAGGCACGUGUGGUCGCAGUGUUGGACUGGGAGCUGUCUACCACAGGAAACCCACUGGUAGACCUGGCCUACUUCCUGUUGCCUCACUAUUGGCCCACAGAUUGUAACAUUUUCAGCACAAUGGGCAGUUUGAAAGGAGUUGAAGGUGUUCCAGCUGUUGGCGAUCUGAUCUCCAUUUACCGCAGGUGUCGGGGGAUUUUGUCUCCUUUGCCAAAGUUGAAUUUUUACUUGGUUCUGUCUGUUUUUAAAAUGGCAGCAAUUGCCCAGGGGAUCUACGCUCGCCACUUGCUUGGUAAUGCCAGUGCACCCAAUGCUGCUCAGUUUGGACAGAGUGUGGAGCCCACUGCUGAAAUAGGCUUGCAGUUUACAAAAAGGCUUCCUACAGGUCCAACAAAAGAAAGACUGUUUCUUCAAACAGCUAAAGGCCAGGGUGUUCUCCAGCAAGUCAAAGACUUCAUGCGACAAUACGCUCUUCCUGCUCAGGAGGAAGUUACAGAGUACUACAGAAAACACGCUCAGUCUCCACAGAGGUGGCACACCCCCAAAAUAAUAGAGGAUCUAAAGGUGAAAGCCAGGCAGGCAGGGCUGUGGAACUUGUUUCUACCAGCUGUCAGUGGACUGACCCAGGUGGAUUAUGCCUUUAUAGCAGAAGAAACUGGACGCUGCCUCUUUGCACCUGAUAUCUUUAACUGUCAGGCACCUGAUACAGGAAAUAUGGAGGUGCUUCAUAUGUUUGGCAGUGAGGAGCAGAAGAAGAAAUGGCUGGAGCCUCUGCUCAGAGGAGAGAUCCGCUCCUGCUUCUGUAUGACAGAGCCUGAUGUUGCCUCUAGUGAUGCAACCAACAUGGAGUGCAGCCUUCGCAGGGACAAAGACAGUUAUAUCAUAAAUGGCAAAAAGUGGUGGAGCAGUGGUGCAGGAAAUCCCAAAUGUAAAGUGGCCAUUGUGAUGUGCAGGAGCAACCCUGCGGAUGUCAGCAGCAGGUACGGCCUACACAGUAUGAUCCUCGUACCAAUGGACACACCAGGUGUAAAGCUCAUCAGACCCGUCACUGUGUUCGGACAGGAUGAUGCCAUCCACGGUGGCCACUUUGAAGUGCACUUUGAAAAUGUGUGUGUCCCUGUAUCCAACAUUAUUUUAGGAGAGGGCAGGGGAUUUGAGAUUGCUCAGGGGCGUCUGGGGCCGGGCAGGUUACACCACUGCAUGAGAGCUGUUGGCUUAGCUGAGCUGGCUCUGGAGCUGCUUUGCCAGCGAGCCAAUUCCAGGAGCACUUUUGGGAAAAAACUGUAUCGGCAUGAAGUUAUUGCUCACUGGAUAGCAGAGUGUCGUCUGAUGAUAGAGCAGACCCGCUUGCUGACUCUCUCUGCUGCUCAAGCUCUGGAUACACUGGGAAGCCAGGCUGCUCGCAAGCAGAUUGCUAUGAUUAAAGUGGCAGCAGCCAGGAUGGCCUGUAAGGUGGUGGACUAUGCCAUUCAGGUGUAUGGAGGUGCAGGAGUGUCUGAAGACUUCCCUCUUGCACAGAUGUACUCGUAUGCACGAACUCUGCGGAUCGCGGACGGACCAGAUGAGGUGCACCUCUCCACCAUAGCAUACUUGGAACUGAAGGAUCAGCUAAUGAGGGUUCAGGCUAAGCUUUAAUUGUCAAAUCUGACAGCUACAUUACACUGUUAAAAGUAAAUUUCUAAAUCAAAACUUAACAGGUAUUUUAUCACUAAAUAGGUGAGGAAAAAUGCUUUCAUUCAUUGCAAUAAAACCUAUUUUCUGAGGGAUUAUACACA